GACACCAUUGACAGCUGUACUAAUAACACACGUCAAAAUUAAUUACGCAAAAUUAGCCCUUAUCGUAUUUAUUCCAAUCUAAAUUACUUUGAUAAUUUCCAAUAAUUAUUCGAGUUUAACAUUCAUACACAUACAUCAAGUGUAAAUAAAAGCAAUACUUUGUUCAAAAUAUUUGUGCGUAGCGCGCAGUCACAAAACGGCGGAUUUGUUUGUUGACAUUACAUCAUGUAGUUGUGUGGAACGCCGCGCCAUCACGCCGUAUCUGACUUUUGUCCCGCGUAAUUUACUAAAGUUUCACGUUAUUUACAAGUAAUUAGCACCGUAAUAGAUAUAUUACAAACUAUUUGCCUGUGUCGGACUUAUCAGAGUUUAUUUACUGUGAAAAGAGUGGGAAUAUAGAUAUACCGAACGAAAUCAGUGCAAUGUAGUUCUAUUUAUAGACGGACCUAUGGCGGGACGACGCUGUUUUCCUACCUACUUGCGUAUUUAAUGUAUCCUUUGGACAUUCCUAUUAGUAUUUCAUAUACAAAUAAAUUGGUGUUUCUUUUCUCAUUGUAAAUAUUUCUCAAUUAUAAUCCGAUUGGAAUACAAAAACCACGCACUAGUUUGACAGCUCAUGAAUGCAUGCAUUUGCACACCACACAUUGAAAGCCGAUAUGCGCAUGUGUGCGUGCCAGUAAAGUGAUGUGAAAUUCUUGCGCUUAUCGAUUGGUGAGAUAAAUUCAAGGUCAUCAAUCGGGUCUUGGUGUGAUACCUACGAUUUCAUUUUACAACUGUCAAAAAUUAUUGCUUUGUUUACGUAAACAUCUACAUUCAACAUGGAGUCGCCAUUAGGAAAUGAAAACACUGAUAAUGUUGCUCCGACUUCAGGGUCAAACUUAUUUACUGAUAGUAUAGAAUUGCCGGAUGAUGCGUUUCGCAUGAGUUUGAGUAACUAUUCAGAUGUCGGCGAGAAUAUCACUGUAGAGAAUAGAGCUAUAUCUAUCGAUAGCAAUGCUACUUCUGCUCUUGAUACGCCAGUACUCCAGAUAAUUACACCAUUCCCAACACCUGAUAUUCGAUCCCCCAUCGACGUAAAAUCACCACCAAUACAAGAAACUCCAAAACCUUCAGAGGAGAAAAGUAAUGAACGUAAACCACCGAAUUUGUUAAAGCUAUCGCUAACUAAAGAGAGCGAUAAUGAUAUUUUCGCAAAACCUUCACCAAUAGAGGUCAUGUCGCCGGCUAAGAUGUUGCAAUUCGAAUUGGAAGCAGGUUCUAGCGCAACGCCCACUAUGAAACGUGCGGCAAUUGAUUUUGAUUUCUUCAAUAAAAAUAACUUUGAUGAGUAUUUCGAAGACGUGCCGAAGACUGAAGUACCUGAAAGUAAACACGAGAAGACCUACGAAGAAACACCGGUCAUCGUAAAAGCAAAUACUGUGACUCACGAAAUUGCCUAUGUUAACCUGAACGGCGCUUCUAAAGUGGACAUAUCACAUUUUGACUUGUACAAAGUACUUGGCACUGGAGCUUACGGGAAGGUGUUUCUCGUGAGAAAGAGAUGCGGCGUCGACGAAGGGAAAUUGUACGCUAUGAAGGUGUUGAAGAAAGCAUCUAUAGUGCAAAAGUUGAAGACUGCAGAGCACACGAGGACAGAAAGACAGGUACUGGAGGCGGUGCGGGCGUGUCCAUUUCUGGUCACUCUACAUUACGCCUUCCAGACUGACGCGAAAUUGCACCUUAUUUUAGACUACGUCGCGGGCGGUGAACUGUUCACGCAUCUGUACCAACGAGAACAUUUCAAUGAGAACGAGGUCCGGAUCUACAUCGCCGAGAUCAUCCUGGCGCUCGAGCAGUUACAUAAGCUCGGCAUCAUCUACCGUGAUAUCAAAUUGGAGAACAUCCUGCUCGACGCCGAAGGCCACAUCGUGUUAACUGACUUUGGUUUAUCCAAAGAGUUUUGCGGGGGCGAAAGUCGGGCGUACUCCUUCUGCGGGACCAUAGAGUAUAUGGCACCGGAAGUCGUGCGGAGCGGCAGCCAGGGGCAUGAUAUUGCAGUAGACUGGUGGUCAGUCGGCGUUCUAACCUACGAACUCCUCACCGGCGCGUCUCCCUUCACCGUGGAAGGCGAGAAGAACACACAGCAAGAGAUCACCAAAAGAAUAGUGCGAUGCAGCUAUCCCGUACCCACCGAAGUUAGUCCAGAAGUCCAGGAUUUCAUCAAAAAACUCCUAGUAAAAGACCCGCGGCGCAGACUCGGCGGGGGCGAUGAUGACGCUGAGGAACUCAAGAGGCAUCCAUUUUUCCAGAACCUCGACUGGGAAGCGGUGGCCCGUCGUGAGAUUCCGGCUCCGUUCGUGCCGCAGCUGUCCCACCCGACCGACACCAGCAACUUCGCUGAUGAGUUCACGAGGAUGCCGCCCACCGAUUCGCCGGCUCAAGCGCCCAAACACCAUGAUAAGCUGUUUCUUGGUUACUCGUACGUCGCGCCGAGUAUACUGUUCUCGGAGAACAUCAUAUCGGACCAGAUUUGGAUGCAGGCCACCGGGCAGAAGCACGACAAACUCAAAGGAUGGGUUGCCAAAGACUCCCCAUUCUUCCAAAAAUACGCCGUGGACCUCAGCACCCCACUGCUGGGCGAUGGUUCCUACUCGGUCUGCAGAAAGUGUAUUCACAGGGCCACCGGCAAAGAGUAUGCCGUUAAGAUAAUCUCAACCCAGAAGAAAGACGUGAAGCAGGAGAUAGAAUUGCUGAAGGCGUGUCAGGGAUGUCCCUACAUCAUCACUUUACAUGAGGUGUUCCAUGAUUCGGCGUUCACGUACAUAGUGACGGAGCUAGCGGCGGGCGGGGAGCUGUCGGCACACAUAGCAGACGCUAGAGGGGGGGCGGGUGAGCGCGCCAGCGUGCGCGUGCUGGCGCAGCUAGCGCUCGCCGUGCGACACAUGCAUGCGCGCGGCGUCGUGCACAGGGACCUCAAGCCCGAGAAUAUUCUCCUGACAAGCAGUCGCUUGAGUGAGGCAAGGGUCAAAGUGGUUGAUUUCGGUUUCGCGAAGCGGGUCCCUCACACCGAAGACGACAGGGCCCGCAUGAUGACACCGUGUUUUAGUUUGCCGUACGCGGCGCCGGAAGUGGUGUCUCGCGCGCGAAGCUCUAGUGCUCCGGGAUACAGCGCUCGCGUCGAUAUGUGGAGUCUGGGCGUCAUAUUCUACUGUAUGCUGUGCGGGAAGGCGCCAUUCCAGCCGCUGUCUAAGAAAGAGCCGGUCACAGCUUUUAUGGAUAGGAUUAGGACCGGGGCAUUUAGUAUGGAUGGGCCGGAAUGGAGGUCAGUGUCUUGCGAGAGCAAGCGCGUGGUGUCGUCGCUGCUGAGCGCGGAGCCGGCGCGGAGACCCAGCGCCGCGCGGCUGCUGCUCGCUCUGCGGCUGUCUGCCGACCAAGGCUUCAGGCUGCAGGACAUGACCAAAGCCGACCUAUACAAGCGACGCAGCAAGAAUAAACAGCGGAAGUCCAGCGAAUCCGAACCCGGGACCUCCGCCGACACACUCGACACCGACGAACCCAAGGAAACCUCACUUAUGGAGACCAUAAACAACCUCAAAAACAGAAUGGACAAGAAUUCCAUAGAGAAUGACGUCGAGCUAAUCAAAGCUAAUACCCAAGACACACCUGCGACGGAAAACAGCGAACCGCAAUUUGACAUUGACGAAAUUCCUUCAGUCAAACCAGUAGAAAAGACUUAUUCCAAAUCUAGAUCUAAAUUGGACGAUUAUAUCUAUGUCGAAAGCAGUCAAGGCUUAGACGGUACCGAAGUUGCGUUCCCAAAAACGACGCGCAGUAAAAAGUCCAAAUCGCCCGUACCAAGGAAACGCAGGAAAGUCGACGCGAAAACCGAAAAAGCGGAAACGAAAGAGGUCGUUGGUAGGGAGCUGCGGAGUCGCGUCGAGAAUGGCAAACGUAAUAACGACAGACCAACCAAAGAGUCUAUAGAAAAUGAGAAAAUCACUCGAGUUACUAGGAAGAGGAAACACGAGGAGAUAACUAAACCCGUUCUGCGGGAGAAGGGACAAAAUGGCCGCGCGUCCAAAACUGAAGUGAGGAAGAUCGCGCGCGCGAAGAAAACCAAACCCAUUCUAACCAUAGACACGGACACAAACGUCAGAAUGACUAGAUCGAGACGGCGUAGACUGGAGAUCAGUCUGUCUCCCUCUCAAGUCAAAUCUGUCGUGCCGGCGUUUUCAUUCGAGUCGGAUCGGCGAAUGAAUUCCGUCGAGAGCAAUCGUUCGAGUAAGAAGAGGAGUAUUAAGAAAAAGGUGGAGGUGAAAGCUAAGAAGACUCCCGUCCGAGCUACGCGGUCGAGAGCGAAUCGAAGGUGAAGUGGUGUUGUUUGAGUGCGUUUCGGAUGAUAGAUGGCGUUAUGUGUAAUGUUAAAAAAAGUGAGAAAAAUACAAUAGUGAUAGCAGUUUUAACCGAACCAAUUUGAAGUGAAGAAACAUUAUUUCAUGGAGUAUUGGGGUGUGGAUUCAUAUAGAAAAGCUUAAUGUGUUUUUGAUGUUGUGACUGAAAGACUGAUAUGUUGUUUCUGUAAAAAAAAAUUGCGCCGUUGUUACAAAAUGUUGAUUUUAAAAAAAGCAUUAACGACAUGUCAGUUUUUGUCUGUUUGUCUGUCCGCAUCGGCACAUUAUUUUCUGUAUAUGAGGCUGUAUCUCUCUCAACACGAGUUUAAGAAAAUAAAUUGUUAAUGUUACACACAGCGUCAAAAUUGAAUCAAUGUGACAGAUAGUGAUGCAAUAAUGAACACUUGCUCAUUGCGUGGCGCAAAAGGAAGAGAAAAAAAAGUUAUUUAUUGACAUUAUAAGUUAUAUCCUGUAAUAGUCGACGACUUUAUUAAAUCACUGGACUUUUACUUUUAUUUAAUCACUGGACUUGGCAUUCGAUAAAUAGAUGCAACGAUUCUGUCCAAAUCUAGAAUUUGUCAAAUUUGAUUUUCGAUUGUUAAUUUUAUGCAUGUAUUAACAUCAAGUUUCAGAUUUUAGAAUAUUGUGUUAUUAAGAAUGCCACGUCUAGUCAGUGUUGGUCGUUUUAGUUCGACCUAGACGGUCGGUUUAACAAGUUUUUAUUUUUUAAUUCGUUUAUUUAAUGUUACUAUUAAUUUUAAGAUCCUUAAAGGCGCGUAUCGAUGUUUUUAUUGUUGUUUUUUUUUAAAUGUAUUUUGCUGUCUCAUGACUGUUCGUGUAUUAGACCAAAUAAAUACAUAGAAUCAUUCUGUACAAAUUUAAACUUGGUAUAUACCUUGAAGAGAUAAAGAAAUUCUCGAGGUUCCCACGGAAAUGGGACAAAACGGAAUUUAUACACGCGUACGAAGUCGCGAACAAUAAAUCGCUUGCUAUUUACGAAAUAACAAUAUUUUGGUUUAGAAAUUUAUAAAUUCAAUUCUUAGUAUAAUUAUAGAUAUAUUGUUUAGUAAAAUAUCAGCGAUAAUAGCAAGAGAUGUGAUUUAUAGAGUCAUAGACAAAUGUUGCCCAACGCUGAGGAUUUGUCCACCCCGUCAAAUAUAAGACGUGAUUCUGCUAAAAAAAACGCUUAACAUAUCUUUACGCGCCUUUCAUUACCAUUAGUUGUAAUAGAUCCUUUGACGUUAAUAAUUUUAGACAUAUUUAGGUUAAUUUAUAAUUAAAUUCGGUGUGAAUGCACUUAGGUAAUUAAAUAAAAAAUUAUCGCGUCUCCAAUUCAUGCUAUCCUUGUCACUCUUAUUGAUAGAAAGGGACGUAGUCAUAGACGGAUAUAGAAAAGAGUAAAAAA